AUGAAAGAAAAAGAACCCACCUCACUCAAGGCUAUUUCUCAAGCCUCACGCCCAUACCCAACCACCCCCUGUCCGCUUUCUCAAUCAUCCCGGUCCGGACCAAAAUACUUCCCCCCUGAUGUCCUACAGGAGGAAUUGGAUCGUGCUAUGGACCUGAUACCUUACAUACCUGACCCCCCAUCCCCACCUUCUCCCCCGAGCCCACGCUCCCCCCCUGAUACCCCAACCCCUACAGGACAAACAGAACGCGUCCACCCCCUCCAACCCGACCUCCUUGUAUACCGGGAAUUCAGCGUAAACUCUAUCCACACCCCAGGCAACACUGCAGUAGAUCAGAUGAUCACCGACACCACGAACCCCACUGCAAGCCAUGCCCCCACAUACGAAGAACAGGCCAUUCUGGAGCAUCUAGUGCUCGCAAACAUGAAUAGAUCUGUGCUAAGUCAACAUGGCACGAUCAAUAGCACUACACUCCCCCAAUUCACCCCAGCUCCAACCGGGGGCUUCCCAACGGUGCACAUGUCGCACUCAGCGCAAAUUUUCGACCACCUAGAAAAUAGAGUCCUGCUCGCCUGGUUCCAGGUUGUGCACCCGAAACUCAUGGUCAGAGUUUUUGAUCAUUCAGGGAAAGAAGUAGCAGAGCAAGCCGCCAUCAUAGCAGAACGAGUUCGCGCAAACAUCACUACCAUAGCGGAGUCCAUUCACCACGACACCCCCCCCAUUCGUGUCUCCCCCCCGCAACCACAAGGUGGCAAAGGAGCAAAGAACUUCCCAAUCGGGUUCUUAGUCCAUAAACUCCUCUUCGGCCUAACCGGCUUCACAACUCUAGAUGAAGCUACCAUCCUACAAGCCGUCACUGAUACCUGGAACCAAGAUGAGACCCGCUACCACAUAGGAAAACUCUUCUCGUCAUGCCGCCUACUCGACGAUGAGUUCAAGGCAACCCAAGACCUAAUCUCAUCAUGCCGCGUCGAGCUCCUCGAUUUCAAAAUAACGGGAGGUUUAUCAGUCCCCCGCUUCAAUAUUCUCGCAACCAGUCCCACAAACGAUGCGAAGACAUGGACUAAUCUCAGAAGCUACUUGAGCACACUCUCUUACCCAACCAGCCUCGACGGUUGUGGAACCACGACAGCACUUUUCGCCUGCCAAAUCUGUCACUCCCUCGCACACCCAAGAGCUUUAGUAUUACGAUCACCAACAAUACUCUACAACCCCCCCACAUACUCGGUCUCUCUGUCGGUCACGGUGCUUGCUUCCCAAACCGCGGAGGAGGACCACCUCGUACCACUGGGUGGCCCUCCGAUGACCGGUCUGGGUCUUUCGGAAGUGGAUCUGCCAAUCAAAGGCAACCCCAACACCAACAACAACCCCCAAAUGUAA